CAUGCCUAGAGCAGAGUCCGGCUAGAUGGCCGAAGGAAGUGGCGAAAAUCCAACUCAAAUGGCAGUCGAGGGCGGCAGUGGUGGAGAAAAUGAACAAUCGGGCGCGUGUUGUGAGUCGGACGGAGAACCACAGCAGCAGGAGCUUAGUGCUGUUCCAGAGAUGAGCGACUUGAAGGCAGGCACGAAACUGAAUUCUGUGAAGAAGAAGUAUGAGCGAAUGGUUCGUCUGCUGAAGCAAAGUCAGCAAGAGACCGCCGAGUACAAGAAAAAGCUGCAGGAAUUGUCUCGUGAGAGGGAUUCUGUCCAAACUGAACUGAGUCGAGCCAAUCUCGCUAAAAGCAAACUUGAAAGUUUGUGUAGAGAAUUGCAGAGACACUGCAAGGCAGUCAAAGAGGAAAGUCUAAUUCGAGCAAAGGAAGACGAAGGAAGAAGACAAGACGUGUCUGCAAAGUUCCAAGCAACUAUCAACGACGUCACACUGAAGAUGCAGGAAUGCUACAGUCGUAACCAGCAGUUGAAACAAGAGAAUACAGAAUUGGCAACAAAGUUGAAGAGCUUAGUGGAACAGUACGAACUACGAGAAACGCAUUAUGAAAAGCUAAAGAGACAACACCAGCUGGAGGUACAGAUCGCAGAGGCCAAACUGGCACAACAUCUCGCUGCAGCAGGCGAGGAAAGAGAGACCAACUUGAAGGAGAAACACGCCUUGCUCGCAGACGCUGUGCAUCAUCAGAAGCGAUGCGAGCAGCUGGCACAGCAGGAGAUUGAAUUACGGGGACAGCUAUCGUUGUAUACGGAAAAGUUUGAAGAGUUCCAGAAGACAUUGACCAAGAGCAACGACGUGUUUGGAACUUUCAAGAAGGAAAUGGAUAAGAUGACCAAAACAAUAAAGAAGUUAGAGAAGGAAACGAACAUGUGGCGAGCUCGAUGGGAGACUAGUAACCUUUCAUUGAGCAAGAUGACAGAUGAACGAUCUUCGCAAGACAAAACCAUCCAGGCUCUCAAAGCAAAAACGUCAAAAUUAGAAAGCUUGUGUAGAGCAAUGCAAAGUGAACGCAACGAGCUGAGAGACCAACUCAAACAACAGCAGGGUGUUGCUGCAACUAGUGAAGGAAAUAAGCAAGCAGAACAUGUUGAUCAUCCUGAGAUGAGUGGUGGCCCACAACACAGUGAUGUUCGUGAAUGCUGCGAUCACUUGAAACAAAGUGAAGCUCGUGAACUGACCCAAGCUCCUGAACACGGCAACACUAGUGAACACAGCAACGCUCCUGAUCACAGUGACAUUCAUGACUUGAGUGACACUCAUGACUUGAGCGAUAAUACUCACGAUCAUGACUGCAAUGAUGCUUCUGGACACAGUGAUCCUUGUACCAACAAUAAUCAUCUUGCAUGUCUCGAUUGUCCCAAAGACAGCAAUCGGGUUGAAUACAGUGAUCAUUCUAAUUGUGGUGAUCAUGUGGACCAGAGUCCUGAACCUCCUCCUUCUACACCGGCCACGUCUCCCUCUCCUGAACGAGAUAUAGAAACUAGCGUAGUGCCUCAUGAUGAUGUUGAAGCUUCAUCGUUUGGGACGUCUCAUAGCUCGCUUGAACAUGUAGCAUAGUCGAACGAU